AGCCUUAAUAGAUGGUGGUUGGAUCCCUGCGGUCGACAGUGAGUAUGUGUGUGUGUGCACAUAUACACCCCCUUCUCGCUCAUCUAAAAAGGCCAGCUGGGGCUGGCUUUCAUUCUCGCUUUUGAGGCCUACAGCUGCCCAGGUGUGAACCAGUUUCACGUGAGCACCUGAGCACGUGGAAAACCUUGCCCAGCUUGCCUCCCGGACUGCGGCCAGACAGGUGUGUGUGCCAGGAGCCAGCCUGGCAUGCCACCACAAGCAUCACACUGGCACGUCCCCCCAACACUAAUGGUAGGCCCUGUAUUUGGGUGCACGCAGGACGCUGUGAGCAAACAGGUGCAGCAGGGGUUUCCUGCGUGUUGUUUUCUGCACCCCACGGCAUGUGCAUGCCUGUCCCCUGCUCUCGGCCCUCUCUGGGCUCUCUUGCCCAGUUCCCUAAAGCAAGCUGGAGAAAGGGGAACUCGAGGCCGUGCUGCUGAUGGGCUAUCGCCGAGCGCGGAGUCGAAGGCACCAAGCAGCGCGUUCAGGAAAACAUGUGCUUGUGGUUGUGGGCAGCCCCGCCACAUCGAGCACAGGGGAGCAGAAGCGGAGCUCGGGCGCUGGACACUGCCUUGGGAGGAAGCCGUGCGCAGAGCUGAUCUCCCCGCGGCUUCGCCCUGCGUCCGCUGGGAUUGAUACGCCACUCCAGAGGGCAACUUCACCCAGAUCUCCAGGAUGAACCAGCAUCUCCUGACCGUCCUCUUGGUUUUCCUGACAGCUGAGGGAGCAGAGGCCCUGAAGGAACCAGAGAUAUGCUACGUCUUGGACGGGAUUCUCUUUGUCUACGGCAUUGUUCUCACUUUCCUCUACUGCCGCCUUAAGCUCCAGCAACGAAAGAAAGCCAGAGCUGAGCCCAGCCCCAUCUAUGAGAAAGUGGAAGGAAUCUAUACUGGUCUCAGCACUCGGGAUCAGGAAACGUACACCACCCUGGAACUCAGCAAAUCCAAAUCGACCCUGCCGGCCCCGCCUCCAGAAGAAGGGCAGCUGGUGGGAUCGGGUUCGGGCUCCUAGAAACCUCCUUCAGCAUGCCAAGCUGCAGCAACCCUGUAUCUGUUGCCGCCAGAAGCUCGAGCACCUGUGCACCCCUUGCUGGCCCUGCAAAGCAAGAGAAAAGACUGACCUCUGUGACGUUGCCCAUGGGGCUUCGAUGGCAACAGAUAUGCACUGUGUAUUAGCUGGGCUUGCUUGCUUAUUCUAGGCAGCACCUUCUGGGGUGGGGUGGGCAUCGCUUCUCAGCCUUUUGGCUAAGAUCAGUGAAACAUUCGCUAGGAAAGUCAAUGUGUUCAUUCAUCCCAGUCGCUUCUUGCCUGGUGAAAUUUGGCCAUGGGAUCAAGUGACAUCUCUCCACGACCCCCACCCAUCCCAGCUGCAGGCUACUUUGCAGCCCAAACCAUCACAACAGCAUACUUUAUUUUCUUUAAACAUUAGCAUUCCCCGCCCUGUCCCAUUCGGAGCACGUCUGACAGCAAGGAGAAGUGGAUUCCCACCCACUCCCGGUUUCACGACUACGGGAUGCACCUUGCAUUUACUCACUAAAGGGCCGUGUAUACAUUGAUGACAUGAUGUAUAAUGCCUUGCUUGCAAGCCGCGCCUCAGAAAUAAAUACGACGACCCAACA